AAGUCUUCUUCACCGUAGUUGCUGUUAGCUUCGAAUGAGCUAUUGGAGUCUGACAACAGCAGGAGGGAAUGGAGAAAACGGUUUCUAGCGAGAUAACAAGAACAUUUUAAUUCAGGACGGCCAAAUAAAGACAUUGUAUUAGUCAGGUGCCCUGUUUGUUGUGUGCAACUAACCGUAUCCUAACUUACCUAUGUUGACGAAAAUCAUCAACCUAAACAUUUUUGAGUGAAUCAAGACGAAUCAGCACACCAGACAGUGACUGACCAUCCACUGCUUGAAAGCUCCUUCAGAAGAGUGAUGUGGGCCAAUCACAGGCACUGAUGGCACAGGACUGAUAAUGAAGCCAAGGAUUAAUGCAUCCUGCUCAUGCUGCAGUGUCCGAGACUGAGACCCAAACUUAAGCUUUGGAGCAGCAGGAUGCAAUGAGAUAAACACUGGACAACUGGAGGCUGUCCUGCUCUUGAAUCCCCCCCCCCUUCCUCCCUGUAGGCAUGGCUGGAUUACAGCUGGUGACCCCCGCAUCCUCCCCCAUGGGACCCUUCUUUGGUCUCCCAUGGCAACAGGAAGCUAUUCAUGACAACAUUUAUACACCAAGGAAAUAUCAGGUUGAACUUCUUGAAGCAGCUCUUGAACACAAUACUAUUGUCUGCUUAAAUACUGGCUCAGGGAAGACCUUUAUUGCAGUACUCCUUACAAAAGAGCUCUCCCACCAGAUUCGGGGAGACUACCAUGAGAAUGGCAAGAGGACCGUUUUUCUGGUCAAUGCAGCAUCGUCUGUGGUUCAGCAAGCAGCUACUGUCCGGACCCAUUCGGAUCUCCGCGUCGGGGAGUACACUGAGGACAGUACGUCCUGGACAACGGAGAGAUGGAGCCGAGAAAUUAUCGAAAAUCAGGUGCUCGUUAUGCCUUGCCACAUCUUUCUCCACGCGCUCAAGGCCGAAGUGUUGCCACUGUCCAAAAUCAACCUGGUGGUAUUUGAUGAGUGCCACCUAGCAAUCACGGACCAUCCCUACAGAGAGAUAAUGAGGGUUUGUGAUGCCUUUCCGUGCUGUCCGCGGAUCCUGGGGCUGACUGCCUCCAUCCUAAAUGGGAAGUGUGACCCCAGUGAACUGGAGCAGAAGAUCCUGAACCUCGAGAGGAUCUUAAAGAGCAGUGCCGAAACUGCCACAGACCUGGUUGUCUUGGACCGAUAUGCUAGUCAGCCCCGUGAGGUGGUUCUGGACUGCGGGCCGUUCGUGGAUAAAAGCGGUCUCUCUGAGCGUCUCCUGACUGAGUUGGAUGAGGCUCUGCAUUUCCUCAAUGACUGCAACCUGCCUGCACAGCGAGAGGACCGGGACCCAACCUUCAUCUCCAAACAGGUGCUGACCGACUGCCGGGCGGUGCUGGCGGUGCUCGGCCCUUGGUGCGCGGACAAAGCGGCGGGCAUUAUGGUGCGCGAACUCCAGAAGUACAUCAAGCACGAGCAGGAGGACCUCGGCCGCAAGUUCCUGCUGUUCACCGACACCAUCCUGCGCAAGGUGCACGCGCUGUGCGAGGAGCACUUUUCCCCGGCGUCGCUCGACCUUCGCUUCGUCACGCCCAAGGUCAUCAAGCUGCUGGAGAUCCUGCACGAGUACAAGCCCUUCGAGCGGCAGCAGUUCGAGAGCGUGGAGUGGUACAACAACCGCAACCAGGACAACUACGUCUCCUGGAGUGACUCGGAGGACGAAGACGAGGAUGAGGAGGUGGAGGUGAAGGAGAAGCCCGAGGCCAACUUCCCCUCGCCCUUCACCAACAUCCUGUGUGGGAUCAUCUUCGUGGAGAGGCGCUACACGGCUGUGGUGCUCAACCGGCUAAUCAAAGAGGCGGGGAAGCAGGACCCUGAGCUGGCCUACAUCAGCAGCAACUUCAUCACAGGCCACAGCAUCGGCAAGAACCAGCCGCGCAACAAACAGAUGGAGGUGGAGUUCAGGAAACAGGAGGAGGUGCUCCGUAAAUUCCGUGCACACGAGACCAACCUCCUCAUCGCGACCAGCAUUGUGGAGGAAGGCGUCGAUAUCCCAAAGUGCAAUUUGGUGGUUCGUUUUGACCUGCCGACCGAGUACCGGUCCUACGUGCAGUCCAAGGGCCGAGCACGCGCUCCACUCUCUAACUACAUCAUGCUAGCAGACAGUGAGCGGACGAAAACCUUCGAAGAGGAUCUUAAAACCUACAAAGCUAUAGAAAAGAUCCUUAGGAACAAGUGCUCAAAGUCAGCUGACUGUAGUGAGUUUGAGGCGGAGCCUAUAACUGAUGACGACAACAUUCUGCCCCCCUACGUCCUUCGCUCGGAAGACGGAGGCCCAAGAGUUACAAUCAACACAGCGAUCGGACAUGUCAACAGAUACUGUGCCAGGCUCCCCAGUGACCCCUUCACCCAUCUGGCCCCCAAGUGUAAGACGAAACAGCUGAGGGACGGGCGAUACCAGUCCACCCUCUACCUGCCCAUCAAUUCCCCACUCAGGGAGUCCGUGACGGGGCCUGUGAUGUACUGUGCGAGACUCGCUGAGAAAGCAGUUGCACUCCAAUGUUGUGAAAAGCUGCACAAAGUCGGGGAGCUGGAUGACCACCUGAUGCCUGUGGGCAAAGAGACGGUGAAGUACGAGGAGGAGCUGGACCUGCAUGACGAGGAGGAGACCAGUGUGCCUGGCAGGCCCGGAUCAACCAAGAGGAGGCAGUGCUACCCCAAAGCCAUACCGGAGUGUCUUCGGGACAGUUACCCAGUCCCUGAGCAGCCCUGCUACCUGUACGUGAUCGGCAUGGUCCUCACCACCCCUCUUCCUGACGAGCUCAACUUCAGGCGGAGGAAGCUCUACCCCCCAGAGGACACCACCCGAUGCUUCGGCAUCCUAACGGCCAAACCCAUCCCCCGGAUCCCCCACUUCCCGGUGUACACGCGCUCCGGCGAGGUGACCAUCUCCAUCGAGCUGCAGCGGUCGGGCUUCACGCUGUCGGCGUCGCAGCUGGAGCUGAUCACGCGCCUGCACCAGUACGUUUUCUCCCACAUCCUGCGGCUGGAGAAGCCAGCGCUGGAGUUCAAGCCCACGGAGGCCGACGCCGCCUACUGCGUGCUGCCGCUCAACGUCGUUGAGGAUUCCAACUCUCUGGAUUUGGACUUCAUGUUCAUGGAAGACAUUGAGAAAUCUGAAGCACGUAUAGGCAUCCCGAACACCCAGUACACAAAGCAGAUCCCGUUCACCUUCAAACUGGAGGAUUACCAGGACGCGGUCAUCAUUCCAAGGUAUCGCAAUUUUGACCAGCCUCACCGCUUCUAUGUUGCGGACGUCUACACAGACCUUACUCCGCUCAGUAAGUUCCCAUCGCCGGAAUACGAGACCUUCGAAGAGUACUACAAAACCAAGUACAACCUGGACCUGUCCAAUCUCAACCAGCCCCUUCUGGAUGUGGACCAUACAUCCUCAAGGCUGAACCUGUUAACUCCGCGGCAUCUGAACCAGAAGGGGAAAGCCCUGCCCCUCAGCAGUGCCGAGAAGAGGAAGGCCAAGUGGGAAAGCCUACAAAACAAACAGAUCCUGGUUCCUGAGCUGUGUGCCAUCCACCCGAUCCCCGCCUCCCUGUGGAGGAAGGCGGUGUGCCUACCCAGCAUACUCUACCGCCUGCACUGCCUGCUCACGGCCGAAGAGCUGCGAUCUCAAACUGCCACGGACGCCGGAGUUGGGGCCCAAAACUUACCCCCUGACUUCAGGUAUCCCAAUCUGGAUUUUGGCUGGAAGAAGUCCAUAGACAGCAAGGCUUUCAUAACGUGUGCGGAGGACAGCGAUCACUGUAAGAACACCUCGUCCCCGGCAUCGCCCUGUGACCCCACCGAAGAGCCCCACUCCCCUGAGGAGGCCCCCCCUCCACACGAGAACUGCAACACACCAGAUGAAAAGCUAGAGCCGCCCUCGGCUCCCCUGCCGGACCCGCAGCCGGGGCCGCAGUUGCAGCAACCGCAGAGCGGGCGAGAUGAGCGGCGAGAUUGCGUCUGCUCCAGGAACCUCAUCAACGGCAACGGACCGGACGGGCCAGGCCCCGAUGCCCUCGAGGUGUCGGACCUGUGCCAGUGCUCGCCGCACGGUGAGACGGCAAUGGCGACGCAGACCACUACCUCAGUUCCUGUGCAGUCCCCCCCCCGGAGCAGCCGCGAGGACCCGCCCAAGGCCAGCCAUGAAUGUACCCCUGACGGGACCCCGGUCCUCUGCGAUGGACUCGUGAAAAAGAAGAAACCUACCUCAGACUGUUGUCCCGCUGUGGCCGCCGCCGAGACCACCACCACCAUCAUCGCAGCGAUAACCCCAACCCCCAGCACCGAAGUACCCUCGUGGGUCACUCCGGCCCCAAGCUCCAGCUCUGCCCCAGCGGCAGCGGGGGUAGAGUCCCCCAAAACUCUGGGUCCCAACCCGGGGCUCAUCCUGCAGGCUCUCACGCUCUCCAACGCCAGCGACGGCUUUAACCUGGAGAGGCUGGAGAUGCUGGGCGACUCCUUCCUCAAGCACGCCAUCACCACGUACCUGUUCUGCACUUACCCCGAUGCCCACGAGGGACGCCUGUCCUACAUGAGAAGCAAGAAGGUCAGCAACUGUAACCUGUACCGGCUUGGCAAGAAGAAGGGCCUCCCCAGCCGCAUGGUGGUGUCCAUCUUUGAUCCUCCAGUCAACUGGCUGCCCCCGGGCUACGUGGUGAACCAGGACAACAUCACAGACAAGUGGGAUUUGGACGAGACUAAGGAGGACCUGGCGAAUGGACAAAGCGGCAUAGAGGACGAGGAUGACUACGACGAUGAGGACGAUGAUGAUGAGGAGGAGGUGGAAGUGGAGCCGACUCUGGGCGGUGGUGGAGUAGACGGGGAUAUGCAGUGGAAAGAGCCGAAGGACGGGAACGUGAGCGGGGAGGAGGAUGAGCUGGAGUACGACCAGGAGCAUAUCCGCUUCAUCGACAGCAUGCUCAUGGGCUCCGGCGCUUUCGGCAAGAUCUCACUUGCCAACUUCCCCCCGGCGGACUCCUGCCCCCAGUGGAAGCCCCCCCGCAAGUCCCCCCUCCUGACCAGCGCACACAGCGCGCACGCAGCGGCUGAUGGCAGCAUCGGUAGCGGGGGCAUGGAGGAGUUUGACUACAGCUCCUGGGACGCCAUGUGCUAUCUGGACCCCAGCAAGGCGGGCGAGGAGGACGACUUUGUGGUGGGCUUCUGGAACCCGUCGGAGGAGAGCUGCGGCGGGGAGCUGGGCAAGCAGUCCAUCUCGUACGACCUGCACACGGAGCAGUGCAUCGCGGACAAGAGCAUCGCCGACUGCGUGGAGGCGCUGCUGGGCUGCUACCUCACCAGCUGCGGCGAGCGCGCCGCCCAGAUGUUCCUCUGCUCGCUCGGACUCAAGGUGCUGCCCGACGCCAAGGCCGAGCGCGGCGCCCUGGUUCGCUACAGCGACGAGGACGGGGAGCCGCAGUACGGCUGGCUGCAGAUCCCGCCGCGCUGCAUGUUCGAUCACCCCAACGCGGAGUGCACGCUCCUGCACCUCAUCUCCGGCUUUGAGAACUUUGAGGCCAAGAUCAACUACACGUUUCAGAACAAGGCCUACCUGCUGCAGGCCUUCACCCAUGCCUCCUACCAUUACAACACUAUCACAGAUUGUUACCAGCGAUUGGAGUUCCUCGGUGAUGCAAUUUUAGACUACCUCAUAACGAAGCACCUUUAUGAAGACCCGCGGCAGCACUCUCCCGGCGUGCUGACCGACCUGCGCUCGGCCCUGGUCAACAACACCAUCUUCGCCUCCCUGGCCGUCAAGUACGACUACCACAAGUACUUCAAGGCCGUCUCGCCCGAGCUCUUCCACGUCAUCGACGACUUUGUGCAAUUUCAGCUGGAGAAGGACGAGAUGCAAGGCAUGGACUCUGAGCUUCGCCGCUCAGAGGAAGACGAGGAGAAGGAGGAGGACAUCGAAGUCCCCAAGGCCAUGGGGGACAUCUUUGAGUCACUCGCCGGUGCAAUUUACAUGGAUAGCAGGAUGUCCCUGGAGACCGUUUGGCGGGUGUAUUAUCCAAUGAUGCGGCCACUUAUAGAAAAAUUCUCUGCCAACGUUCCUCGUUCUCCGGUGCGCGAGUUGCUGGAAAUGGAGCCGGAGACGGCCAAGUUCAGCCCGGCAGAGCGCACCUACGACGGGAAGGUGCGGGUGACCGUGGAGGUGGUCGGGAAGGGCAAGUUCAAGGGCGUGGGCCGCAGCUACCGAAUCGCCAAAUCCGCCGCUGCACGCCGCGCCCUACGGAGUCUCAAAGCCAAUCAACCUCAGAAAGGACUGUAUCACCUGAUGAAAUCUUGCAAGCUAGAUUCCCGCACAGCAAGCGACUCUGGUGUGGAUGAGGCUCUGGUCUGGCAUGGCCCUGUGCUUGUCCGGGCCCAGAGUUGACCUCGCUCUUCUUUAGGUCCAACACGACAUGAGUUGCCUACGAUCUGCGUGUUCGACAAAAAAAAAACUCGAGCAAAGUGUUGUUAUUCCUCUUUGGAAAUGUUGAAAAGGUAGUCCUCCAUCACAUGCUGCCGACUGGGUUUGCUCACUGGCGGAGAGUUGUCUUUUUGUUUUGUCUUUUGUUUGUUUUUGUUUUAAUUUUGCUUUUUUUGUACAUGUAGCACAAAUGAGCAUUGCACUUGGGCGCCAUACUUUACCUCAUGUCAGAAAGAAAAAAAAGUGUAUAUAUAUAUGAUGCCGUUACGUUUAAAGAAAUAACUUGUGGUUUUGGCCUUGCUGCUGUUUCAAUUGCUGGUAUUUUCCAACUGUAUUUAAGAAAAUGCGAUCAGAAAGAUACAACGUGCCUGCAGGUCCUCUGAUAAAAUACACUGUAGAAAUGAUGUAGGGAAUCUUUACAAUCUGGGGCUCAAUGUAUGUCUUGUGUAUACAUUAUGUCCAGCCUUAAUGUAAUACCUUGAAUAUUAAAUUGUAAUAUAAACCCACAAAACUACCAAGUCCUGUGUCAGGCAUGACUUGAACUGUUUAGUCAGUGAUGACCCCGCCCCCAGAUUAUAUUUGACAAGGUAGUACCAGAUGUUAUGUAGUGCAUGUCAGUUGAAGACCCCCCCCCCACACACACACACACACACACACACACACACCAGCCUACCCCAACCAUCCUCCAGUCAUUUUUCCAAAUGUAGUGUAGAGGUCUAAUUCAACCAACUACAGCCCCAGCAUUUACAAAGGGCUUGUGUAUGAAUUGUUUUUCGAGGGGAGAAAAAAAACCUAAACUGCAGGCCUUCAAGUAUAAAAAUAUCUAUUUAAAGAUAAAAAAAAAGAGCAUUAUGGAAAAAUGCUCUCAUAUCAGCAGCAAAAGAGAACUCAAGUGAAUUUGGAAGUGGAAUGUGACAUGGACUCUUGCGGAGUGCAUUUGUGUGAAUGUGGGCUGCGGCCAAGGCCAACGGGCGAAUCACCAGCGGAAUGAAGCGGAGAGCGUUGAGUCGUUUUUACCGGGAGGAGGGAUAAAUGCCCGCCAUUCCCAUCCCAUCUGCAGCCCGAUGUUGUUUUAAGGGACAGGAAAGACCUCUCAUGCAUACUGUAAAUGUGCUGCACCUUAUGGGUCACAAAUACCUUUAAUAUUUUUUCCCCCCUUUUUUUGAAAUAAUUGUAGCUGAGUAUAUCUACAAUAAAGUUAUGGUAUGGUCGUUCAAA